AUGAAGCCAUUUCUGGGGCUCAGAGGCCAGCCCCUCAACCUGGCCGUGGGCGCAAUUGCCGGGUGUGAUUUUCUUCUUUUCGGAUACGAUCAAGGUGUUAUGGGCGGAAUCCUGACUCUCCCCGAGUUCCUCGGUUACUUUGAACAAAUCAAUCCAGACGCACUGGGCCUCACACCACACGAAUCUUCUAUGCGAUCUACUUACCAAGGCAUCUCCGUCGCUUCCUACAACUUGGGAUGUUUUAUCGGCGCCAUUAUCACUAUCUUUAUUGGCAAUCCCUGGGGCCGUAAGAAGAUCAUACUGUUCGGAACUUCUAUUAUGAUUGUCGGUGCCAUUCUUCAGGCCAGCGCUACUACUCUAGGCCAUUUCAUCAUUGGGCGUAUCAUUACCGGCAUUGGCAAUGGAGGAAACACAUCUACUGUCCCUACUUGGCAAUCCGAGACUUCGAAAGCACACAAGCGAGGCAAGAUGGUCAUGAUCGAAGGGUCUCUCGUCACCGCCGGCAUCAUGUUGAGUUACUGGAUUGAUCUCGGGUUGAGUUUUGCCCCUGGCUCAGUUGCUUGGCGCUUCCCUCUGGCCUUCCAGAUCGUCUUCUGCAUUGUCAUCCUUAUCUUCAUUCCCUUCCUGCCCGAAUCACCUCGCUGGUUGGUUUUCAAGGGCCGCGACGCGGAAGCCAAGGAAAUCCUGGCCGCCCUCAACGACGUGGAACUUGACGAUCCCAUUGUCGACACCGAGUUCCAUUUCAUCCACGAUACGGUUGUCGAGAUGUCCAAAGGCAGCUUCAAGGACCUCUUCACCAUGGACAAGGACCGCAACUUCCACCGCACUCUGCUGGCAUACCUCAACCAGGUCUUCCAGCAGAUCUCGGGUAUAAACCUCAUCACCUACUAUGCCGCCGUCAUCUACAGCGGACUUGGCAUGUCCGACUUCCUGGCUCGUCUCCUCGCCGCCCUCAACGGCACCGAGUACUUCAUUGCCUCGUGGCCAGCCGUCUUCCUUGUCGAGCGCGUCGGCCGCCGCAAGCUCAUGUUGUUUGGUGCCAUCGGCCAAGCGGCCACCAUGGCCAUCCUGGCAGGCGUCAACUCCCGGCCGGACGAUAAGCCGUACCAAAUUGCGGGGAUCGUCUUCCUGUUCGUUUUCAAUACCGUUUUUGCGGUCGGCUGGCUCGGCAUGUCCUGGCUCUACCCAGCCGAGAUCGUGCCGCUCCGCAUCCGCGCCCCGGCUAACGCGCUAUCCACGUCGGCGAACUGGAUCUUCAACUUUAUGGUUGUCAUGAUCACUCCGGUCGCGUUCAACAAAAUCAAGUAUCAGACGUACAUUAUCUUCGCCGUCAUCAACGCCUUUAUUGUUCCAGUCGUCUAUUUCUUCUAUCCGGAAACGGCGUGCCGGUCACUAGAGGAAAUGGAUAUGAUCUUCCACAAGGUUGAUGGGUGGAAGGGAUACUUCACAGUAGUGCACCAGGCCAAGGUUGAGCCUAAAUGGUACGACAAGGAUGGCCAACGCAUUGGCGGGGCUGACUUUGAGAAGACUGCUGGGUACCAGAGCCACUCGAUCCCAUUGUCGUCUGGAUCUGAAAAGCCGACGAAGGCGCAUGUUGAGUCGCCUAGGGCGGAUGACGCGAUCACUUCGUCAAGCAGUGAUGGACGUAAUCGGGAGUUGUAG